GCAAGUCCUGACAUAUGGGUCACACGGAAUAGGAGACACGGCCAAACAUAAACUCACCAGCGGAGAACCGAGGGCUAUUUCACGUUAAUAACGCUAUGGCCGCCGCCGUUGUUCUGGGGCUACUAUUUACGGGUUUGGGUUUGACUUCUUGUUUCAAUCUGGAUGUGGAUAACCCCUUUGUUCAGUCGGGUAGCGAAGGAAGUUACUUCGGUUUUGCUGUAGACUUUUUCACGCCUGAUACUUCUACGUCAUUCUUGCUGAUUGGGGCUCCAAAAGCAAACACCAGCCAGCCUGGCAUUAAUGAAGGCGGAGAAGUACUUAAAUGUGACUGGAAAAAUUUGAAGUGCCAGCCCAUUGUUUUUGACUCAACUGGAAACCGAUAUUAUAGCCAAGAUGAUCCUAUAGAGUUCAAGUCACAUCAGUGGUUUGGGGCAUCCAUACGGUCAAAACAGAAUAAAAUAUUAGCUUGUGCACCACUUUAUCACUGGAGGACAGAAGUAAAACAAGAAAGAGAGCCUGUCGGAACAUGCUUCUUACAGGACGGCGAUAGGGUAGUGGAAUAUGCCCCCUGCAGAUCCAGUACAAAAAAUGAUGCGCAGGAACAAGGAUUUUGUCAAGGUGGAUUUAGCAUUGACUUUACGAAGGCAGAAAGAGUUCUUCUUGGAGGUCCAGGCAGUUUUUACUGGCAAGGUCAACUAAUUUCUGACCCAGUCGAAGACAUUGUGAAUAAAUACAAUCCAAGAAAAUACAGCAUUAUCUAUGACAACCAAUUGGCAACGCGCCCAGCUAGUCCCCAGUACGAUGACAGCUACCUAGGAUAUUCUGUCGCAGUUGGAGAUUUUAAUGGUGAUAAUAUAGAAGAUUUUGUGUCUGGUGUUCCAAGAGCUGCAAAAACAUUAGGAAUGGUAUCCAUUUUUGAUGGAAAAGCAAUGACAUCACUGUACAAUUUCACUGGAGAACAAAUGGCAGCAUAUUUCGGUUAUUCAGUUGCCACAACAGAUAUCAAUGGAGACAGCUUUGUGGAUUUGUUCAUUGGGACACCACUUUUUAUGGACCGUGCCUCAGAUGGAAAACUUCAGGAAGUUGGUCAAGUAUCUGUUUAUCUUCAACAAAGAGCAGGUGGACCUCAGCUCUUGUUGAGGCUAACUGGCUAUGAAGUGUUUGCAAGGUUUGGAAGUUGUAUUGCACCCAUAGGAGAUGUGGAUCAGGAUGGGUUUAAUGAUAUUGCCAUUGGGGCACCUUAUGGUGGUGAUGGCAAGAAAGGGCUUGUUUACAUAUUUAAUGGAAGAGCUUCUGGUAUCAGCACUGUGCCUUCUCAGACUCUUGAGGGUCAAUGGGCCUCAAAGGCUUUUCCAUCGAGCUUUGGUUACUCCAUAAGAGGAGAUACGGAUGUUGAUAAAAAUGGAUAUCCGGAUUUACUUGUUGGUGCUUUCGGAGUUGAUAAAGCCGUAUUAUACAGGGCUCGACCAGUCAUCCGUGUAAAUGCCAUUCUUGAAGUGAACCCAUCAAUACUGAACCCAGAUAGUAAAACCUGUAACCUGGAUAAUACGAAAGUUUCCUGUUUUAAUGUUAAGUUCUGUCUGAGGGCAACUGGUAAAGGGAGGGUCCCCAGUGAUCUUACAUUCCAUGUAGAACUGUUACUGGAUAAACUUAAACAGAAGGGAGCUGUACGCAGAGCAUUAUUUCUCCACAGUAAACAAUCAAGUCACUCCAAGACUAUGACUAUUUCAAAUGGAGGAAUCAUGCGUUGUGAAGAACUACAAGCAUUUUUACGGGAUGAGUCGGAAUUCAGGGAUAAACUUACACCUAUAACAGUUUUUAUGGAGUACCAAAUGAACUCAACUUCAGCAGCAGAUUCAUCUGGAUUGUUACCUAUUUUAAACCAGUUCACUCCAGCCAACAUUACAAAACAGGCACACAUUUUACUGGAUUGUGGUGAAGAUAAUAUAUGCAAACCAAAUCUGAUUUUAUCAGUAGAAAGUGAACAAAAGCAGAUUUAUAUUGGUGAUGAUAGUCCAUUAACAUUGCUCGUACAUGCUCAGAACCAAGGGGAAGGAGCUUAUGAAGCAGAGUUAUUUAUACAGAUUCCAGAACAGGCUGAUUUUAUUGGUGUCAUUAGAAACAAUGAGACUUUAUCUAGGUUAUCUUGUGCAUUUAAGACUGAGAAUCGAACACGCCUUGUGGUAUGUGAUCUUGGAAAUCCAAUGAAGGCUGGAACAAAGGUAUUGGCAGGCCUGCUUUUCAGUGUUCAUCAGCAUUCAGAAAUGGACAACUCUGUUAAGUUUGACUUACAGAUUCGGAGCUCAAAUCAGUAUGACAAUUUGAGUCCAGUCCAGUCAAUCCAGAUUGCCCUUGCUGUGUCAUCAGCUGUGGAAAUAAGAGGGGUCUCAACUCCAAAUGAAUUAUUCUUGCCAAUAGCAAAUUGGGAAGCAAAGAUGAAUCUGGUCACAGAAGAUGACAUUGGUCCAUUAGUUCAGCAUGUCUUUGAGCUGAGAAACAAUGGCCCGAGUGCUUUUAGUAAAGCCAUCCUCACUCUUCAGUGGCCCUACAAGAUUAACAACAAUACCUUAUUGUAUGUUGUUACAUAUGAUAUUGAUGGUCCCAUGGAGUGCACUUCCAACCUGGAAAUCAAUCCAUUAAAUGUGAAGCUUACAGGAUCACAAGGAGGUGAUAAAAAUGAAACACGUAUUACUGAAAAUCGCCAACGUAAUCGUCGUGAUUUAACUGUGACCGAAGGAGAGAUCCAGACUCUUGGCUGCGAAACAGCUGAUUGCCUGAAAAUUGAUUGUCGUGUUGGACGAGUGGAAAAAGGAAAGAGUGCAAUUUUAUACAUUAGGUCAAGACUGUGGACUCCAACUUUUCUAAAUACGGAGAACCAGAAUCAUUCAUAUUCACUGAAAUCAACAGCUUCUUUUAAUGUUCUAGAAUUCCCCUAUAAAAACGUGCAAAUGGUUGAUAUAGCAAAUAACACAGUGGUUACUACAAAUAUUUUAUGGGUUAAUCAAACGGCCAGUUUGCCUGUACCAGUGUGGGUGAUUAUACUUGCAGUGAUAUCUGGUUUACUGUUGUUGGCACUCAUGGUUUUCAUAAUGUAUAAGGUUGGCUUCUUUAAACGUGUUCGACCUCCACAAGAAGAAACAGAAAGAGAGCAGCUUCAGCCUCAGGAGAAUGGAGAAGGAACAACAGAUGCAUAAACACAUGUUUUUUGAUUAUAUUAAGGAUAUCUAACUCUUAAUACUUAUUGGUACACCAAAAUCAAAUGCUUUCAAGCACUCCAAUGUACAUUCUGUAAUCUGGUUAUCCAUUCAUUAUGUGGAAAUAAUAGAUUGAUCUACUUUUUUAUUUCUGUAACUACUUUGUGGUAAACUUUGUAAUACAUAUUUUAGGUACUGCACUGUAAGAUGCACAAAUGUAUAGUUUUGUAGUGUAAAUUAUACUACUUUGUAAUGUCUCCACAAAUAUUUUGUAACACUGGGAAGAUAUUGUUUUUAGAAAUAUUAUUUUACUCUGUAAUCUUAGAAAUAGCACUGGGCUAUGCAGCACCACUGUAUCUUCCGGGAAGUAUUCAUUUAAAAAAUAUGUCUUUGUGCCUUCAGUAAAAUGGCAAUAUGAUGCAGCUCAUAGUAAAGGAAAGUUCCAGGUUUGUUUCUUUUAAGCUUUUUUCUAGUUUGUUUUGCUAACAUUGCAUGGGUACCUACUACUUAAAGACUUCCAGUUUCUCCAUCCUGAAAAUUCACACAGCCAUGCAACUCACUGCAUCCCGUUCCCUGAAUCUGAGAAUCUUAAAGCUGAUCAAAUAGAUUAUCUAAAGAUCCAAGAUCGAAACUAUCAGUGCUAUUAUCUACAAUGCAUUUUUACACUUUAAGUGAAUUGAACUUUUUCAGCUGUCUUAAUUCAAGGAGUUCAUUUGUAGCACAAAAACUGGUUCUGUAGGGACUUAAACAAAGAUAAAAUUACCUGCUGUCUAUGUAUUAUGCACAUUUGGUACAAUUCUGUACAUUACAUGGAGAGUAACAUGAUGGUGUGGUAAGUGGGCCAAUUGUGGUAUAUUAGAGAAUUAUGAGCAUUAUUGGGCUUUCAUUAAAGGCCCAUAGCAGCCUUACUAAUUUGUUAAACGGUGACACUUGUAAUGUAAUGUUUACAUUCAUGCUCAGUUUUGUAACUGAAUUUGAAAACAUGCCUUGUCACAUGUAUCGGACUUUAUUUCAGACUGUACAUCAAAACAAAUAUAUUUCUUUACCUUUCAUAUUUUAUAGGAUUUCUAAUUGCUUAUGUAUUAAAUAAAAUAACACAAUUGAUUUUUUUUUAUGUGAAAAACUGUUUGCACUGCUGUAACUUUAUACUUUUGUAGUUUUUGUAGAGAAAAUCCUUGUGACAGUUUCAAUAAGGUUUGAUAAAGUCGCAGACCAAACUUUCAUCUUGACAUGGUGACAAUAAAAUAAAGAAACUACUGGAUUUAGCAGUUG